AGCUUUAUAUUUCUAACCAUUUAUAACUUUUUACAAGUUAGCAAGUUACUACUACCUACAUGUUCCAUUGUAAUACCUAGAGAAUACUUUCUUGUUUUUGAGUAUAAUUGAUGUUUAAUUUUUUUUUUAAUUUUUUUAUUUUCUUCUACUGAUUGUUAAACUCUAUCCGAAUAGCUGUAAAUUCAUCGGAAUGCAUUUGUUCAGAAAUGUCAGAGAUAAAGUAUAAAAACCAAAUCUUAGCUGCGAUCGAUCAUUUACGUUCCCGAAAGUCGAGACCUGACAUAAACAGAAUUUGCAAGUUUAUGUUCAAGUGCUAUAAAGUUUCACCGAAAGAUACCAAGGCGGAUUUAACGCGUUGUUUAAAAGAAAAAAGUAUUUACAAAGUUGAUUAUAAAGAUAAUGUAAGCUAUAGAAACGCAGCUAAGUGGCGGAAGAAGUCACUACAAAAUAACAAAAUGAGUUCUUCCGUUGCGACUAGUGAAAGACGAAUUAUAACAUCGGCUAUAGCAACUUUGAUUUAUCAAGAUCAAAGUUACCUUGAAAAUGGCAUUGCAUUUGAUGAUCUGGUAAAAGUAGCUGCUUCUCAAGAGUCUAAAUAUUCAAAGAAGCAGCUAGAGACAAUUAUUAAUAAAGAACUAUCAUCUGGGAGCUUAAUUAAGUUACCAAAUGGAACUUUAGCUUUGGGUCCUGCGGAUCACGAUGGUGACAGUUCUGAUAGUUUCAAAUUUGAGUACAAUGACUCCAAUACUAAGAUGACUUCUUCAGCUAACUCUUCAUGUAGAUCAUCACCACAGCGCACAAGGGGAAGACCUAGAAAACAUGGUAGCACUUCUAUCAAUAGCAUGCAUAGUAGUACCACUCAAAAUGCUGGUGUAAGAGUUGGUGAGCGAAGGAAGAUGGCGAAGAAAGUAUUUGAUCCGUCUGAUAAUAAUGUACCUAGCAAGCGUAAGAGAGGUCGCCCUAUAGGUUCUUUGAAUAAGAGUACUAUUAAAAAGCGAUUAAUGAUCGCUGGGAAAGACAAGGAAGAAACACCACUGUCGGAAAGCCAACAGUCACUCGAUGGUAGUGCAGAGGAAAUAGAACGUGAUGAAUCUAUUCAACGUGAAACUUCUGGAGGUGUUUGUACAGUUUGCUUAGUACAAAAACCUCGUGGAUCUAAUGACAGACUAGUUGAAUGUCGUGAUUGUAAUAAUAAAGCACACUUAACUUGUCUUCAGUCUGGAUCUGGUAUAUUAAAACCAAGGCCUGAUAAUACUUGGCAAUGUCAACAUUGUAAGACUUGUGUUGUUUGUUGUGAAACAAAUGAUGCUGGUAUAUUAACAGUGUGUAGCAUCUGCUCAGAUGCCUAUCAUGCUCUGUGUCAUUCACCCAAAAUACCUGAGCGAUUAAAAGCAUGGGACCAGUGGGAGUGUAAUAACUGCUUAGAAUCUCGUCCUACGGUUGUAGGAUCACCUGCCAUUCACCUAAAUAAUAUAGAUUAUAGGACAAAAGCGUCAUUGCUAGAUCCAUUUUUAAAACCACAUGAACUGGACAGAGUUCAAACUAAACUAUCAGAAGAAAUACCAAUAGAUCCCAGCAUACCUGACAUAAGUAAUUGGAAUGUUGACAAUGUGUAUGAUUACUUUUUGGAGCAUUUUCCUGAGGCUGCGCCUAUUUUACGAGAACAGGAAUUUGAUGGCCAAGCUUUAAGUAUGGCUUGCAGAGCAGAUAUUGUAAGAGGCUUAGGUUUGCCUCUCGGUCCAGCCUUAGCUUUAUAUCGGAUAAUAGUUAAAUUGCAGACAAGAAAAGAUGAUUGGAGGAUGUGUUGGGGCUGAAAUGUACUUCUAAACAUUGAUAUUUUAUAUAAAGAAAUUAAAUGGUUUUGUAUGGAUUAAGUACCAUUUAUAUUUAAUUAUAUAUAUAUGUAUAAUAUAUAAAUAUAUUCUAUUUUAAUUA